GGUCACGUUCCUCCAAAUAAAUUAGCCUCCUCUUUCUCCUCUCUCUCACACACACACUCUCUCUCUCAUAGUCUCAUUCUCCUCUUUUUCUCUUUUUUUUCUUUCUUUUUCUUCAGAACCUCUUGUCUCCAGAAAUGGUAGAGACAAGUUUCUACAUCGGAAUCAUAGGAAAUGUAAUCUCCAUACUCGUCUUCCUCUCACCAGUGGAGACAUUUUGGAAGAUAGUGAAGCGAAAAUCGACGGAGGAGUAUAAGAGCUUGCCGUACAUCUGCACGUUGUUAGGAUCGUCGCUAUGGACAUAUUACGGCAUAGUCACUCCCGGAGAAUACCUUGUCUCCACCGUCAAUGGCUUUGGUGCUCUUGUUGAAAUCAUCUAUGUCUCACUCUUUCUCUUUAAUGCCCCUCGACAUCUCAAGUUGAAUACAAUCGUAGUGGUAUCGUUGUUGAACGUCCUUUUCCCAAUCGCAGCGAUUGCUGCCACGAGAAGUGCGUUUAAAGAUGAGAAAACGCGUUCUCAAUCGAUGGGUUUCAUAUGUGCCGGUCUAAACAUUGUAAUGUAUGGAUCUCCUCUUUCUGCUAUGAAAACAGUAGUGACGACAAAGAGCGUGAAAUACAUGCCGUUUUGGUUGUCGUUUUUCCUCUUCUUAAACGGCGCGAUUUGGGGCGUUUACGCUUCACUCCAACAUGACAUUUUUCUACUCGUGCCAAAUGGAGUGGGGUUUGUGUUCGGGACAAUGCAACUCAUACUUUAUGGAAUUUAUAGAAAUGCCAAACCGGUCGGUUUAAGCAACGGCUCAAGUGUGAUUGCUGCAGAUGAAGAGGAAGGCCUCGCGUCACAUGUCCCUCUCCUCUCGUAAACCCAAUUUUUCUUUGUUUUAUGAAAAUUAUAUUACAACAAACCUCCUUUAGAUUAUUUCUUUUUAAUUUCUUGGAGAGUGUUUUGUGUGGAAUUUGGGUUUUGUGUAUUUUACUUUCUGAACCAGAUUAGACUUUUUUUCUUUUGGGUCAAAGAACCAGAUUAGAUUAAGUUGAGGAUAUCACA